GCCCCGGCAGGCAGUCUCUGCUCGACGUUCUAGCGGCCAGGAACGAUCUGCGAUCUGCGCUGCGGGCAAUGCAUCCCCGUUGCCAUGAGGCCAAUCUAUCAGCAGGAGCAGACCCAGCCGCUCUUCUAUCAGCGGCCAGCUAAUCUUCGACGUCUCCGUCAUCCGCCGGGCACCGUCUACGGUCGCAGUUACUCGCUCGAGGACCAGCCGGAGGAUGUCAUCCCCGUCUAUCCAAAGUUUAUUUAUCCCCAACAACAGCAGCAACGGGUCCAUUAUCCAUUGUACCAGCUGGGCGAUUCACUGAGCUCGCUGGACAGCGAUUUUCCCGAUAAUGAGUACAAUGGGGCCUACAUAGUGGAGCAGCAGGUGCCGCUGGCCACCACUCACCCCACCCCCACUCCCAAAGUGGUCCAGAAUCUCAAUGCCCUGGGCCGAAUGCUGGAGCUCCUGCAGCGAUGUCCUCUCCCAUGUCUCUCUUUCAACACGGCCUGCAUCUGCUCGCUGAUUGUCAUAUUCCUAGCGCCGCGAACUUGUGCCCAGAGUUUACUGUUUCCCGCUUUCAGAUUGUUCUGCGGCACCCUGUACCCGGCCUAUGCCUCCUACAAGGCCGUCAGGACCAAGGAUGUCAAGGAAUAUGUAAAAUGGAUGAUGUACUGGAUUGUCUUUGCAUUUUUCACCUGCAUUGAAACAUUCACGGACAUCUUUAUCUCCUGGCUGCCGUUCUACUACGAGGUGAAGGUGGCCCUGGUCUUCUGGCUCCUCUCGCCAGCCACAAAGGGCAGUUCGACGCUGUAUCGGAAAUUCGUGCAUCCGAUGUUGACGCGCCACGAACAGGAGAUCGACGAGUAUGUGAAUCAGGCCAAAGAGCGCGGCUAUUCGGCGGUCCUGCAGCUGGGCUCCAAGGGAGUUAAUUACGCCACCAAUGUCCUCAUGCAGACGGCCAUAAAGGGCGGUGGCAAUCUGGUGCAGACGAUCAAGCGGAGCUACAGCCUCAGCGAUCUGAGCGAACCGGAUAUGCAUCGCACGCAGGACGAGCUGGACGACGUGAUGAUGUCAUCGAUGACUUCGUCGGCUGUGGUCAUGCGAUCGCCAUCCACGGGCGCACGUCUCCUGAGGCCAAGGAACCAGACGCCGGUGGGCCGAUCUGGAAGCGGAACACGUCACUCCACCGGCAUGUAUUUUACGGAGGUGGAUGUGACCGCCAAAAAUGCUGGCGAUUUCAACUACAACAUUCGCAGCCAGGAUGACAUCAGCUCCGGUUACUCAAGUGCCGAGCCCGUGAGCGGUCUCAGUCGCACCUCCUCAAUGACGAAUGCAUCCAAGGGUCGGGUCAAGUCAAAACGCAAUGAGCAGUUGCUGGAAGAGAUGAGGGACGAAGUCUAUUUAGAGAACCAGCUAUACUUUCAAGGUGUGCGAGGGGAGAACGCAGUUCCAGUGGCCCAAGAACUUAAAAUUGUGGAGAGUUUUGAAAAAAUACCAAUUUUGGAUGUGGAAAAAAUUACGAGGGAGGAGAAGAUGGACGAUGAUGCAGAAGACGAGGACUUUUAUGAGGCUUUGCCUUUAAUGGAAGAGGACAUAACAGAACUGGAGGUUGUAGAAGAAAAGCAGGAAGAAUUGUCUUACCAAAAUGAAAGGGAAAAUUGCAAAAUGGAGGACGAUUUUGAAGAUGCGUUAUUCGAAGAACCUAAUCAAAUAAUUACGGAUGAAGUUGAUGCCAAAAAAAAUAAAGAUUCAUUCGAGGAGAUACAUAAGGAUAAGUUACAAAAUGAGAAUAUCAAUGGACCUGCUGAGACCCUCGAAUCGGGUGCACCUCCCCAAAGCAAGCCAUAUAUAUCACCACCGAUAGACCCCUUUGUCUUGGUUCUAAGUACUUCUGCAUCCGCACCAGAUCCUUUUCUACCCGAACGACCACGUCCCAUGUCGCCCCGCGAAAUGCGUGCCACCCUGGAGGAGAUUAAGCAUAGUUUCCGUGCCCAGCUGGAACCAGAGCCCUCCGUAUCGGCCUCACUAUCGCCAUCCCUGCGGCCCAAGGCCAACCAUGGCAAGGGACGUGCCCCUCCUCCGCCUCUGCCACCGAAGAGGCACUCGCUGAGUCCCCAACCGGACGCCAUUAGCCAGACAUCGACGGGCAGCGUGGAACGAAAGUCAGGACAAAUCCAUGUCUGCUAGCUGCACCACCUUGCCCCGGUCGAGUAGCCGAAAAGCGGACAGAUCCCAGGUGGGUGGAAAUGCCACUGGUCAGGCCAAAACGCGCAACAAGUCGGAGAAGUAGUGGGGCAUCUAGCUGUGGCCAUCCACCUACAUCUGCAUGUUGAUUUGGGUGGUAAUGGUGGACAUGAAGUAAAAUCCAUAGAACCUGGACCUCAUGUUUUAGUUUAAAUUGUAACUUAAAAUACUGAUGUCGAUACAGAUUAUGAUAAUAUUAGCUAUAUAUGCAUAUGCAUUGUGUACUUUGUUUGUGAUUCUAUUAGAGCUCCAGGACCAAUAUGUCCCUGGCUGCUAUUGGUACUCAUUUCGUGACUAGUUUAGCGUUAAGCGAGUCUCCUAGCCUCUGCCCAAAGGUUCUCCAACAGCUGUACUAACCAAAAAUGAAACCCGAAUAAACCUAUCAAUUGUGUAGCAUAAAUUCCUGAUAUUGUAAUUGAGCAUUAAAUAAAACAAUCUAUACCAUUGAA